GUGCAGAUGGAGAAAUAUGAAGCAAAACACAUGGGUGGAUUCCGGCGGAUCUUCCCUCGGGAAGGAGGGGAGAAAUAUGAAAAGUAUUUUCAACACAGCAGCUCUCUCUUCCAGGAGACUGCAGCCUCCAAAGCCAGGGAGGAGUGUGCCAGGCAGCAGCUCCAGGAGUUGCGUCUGAAGCAGGAGCAGAAAGAACGGGAAAAGAAGGGAUCACGUAAGCAGGAUCUUCAAGGUGAAUCUGCAGGAGAAAGAGCAAAACCAAGAAGAAUUCAGCCCCAGCACCAAAACCCAAAUUCA